AUGGGAAGUGAAUCCUGGACUGGUACGGGAGAUGAUGAUAUUGAUGACCCGUUGUAUACACGCGCCAUUUCAUUCAAGGAGCAUGUAGAUUGGGAUCGUCUUUGUGAGCUCGUCUCGACUCUUCACAAUGGAAUUCCUUGUCGAAUUGGGGAGAACUUCUCCAUCGGGCACUUCAACAUGGUUCGACAGCUCAUAUUUUCGGACGGGACGAAAUGGGUUGCUCGCUUACGGCUUCCCGAGCUGAAGGAGAUUUUCGGGAAUAGAGAGGCUCUUGAUCCUGUACGAUCGAUGCAGAGUGAAGUUGCGACUAUGAAGCUCUUGAAGAACACAAAGCCAGCAUUUCAUCAAGAAUCAGAAAUAGCAGAUACGAGCAGCAGGCUGCAAACAAGCACCCUCGUUCCGGAUGUUUACCAUUAUGAUCUGGAUAUAGACAACGAUAUCGGCGCACCAUAUAUCCUUAUGAGCUACAUUCACGGAAACCUAGCUUCGGAUCAAAGUAUCAUGCUAGACUGCCCUCCAAAUCAGUUCGGGAGUCUGGCGCAAGACCUGAACUUCCGCAUGCAGAUGGCACGUAUUCAAGUCGACCUAGCAUCGCUGACGUUCGACAAGAUCGGUGCUUUGUACCAGGAAGGCAACGGUUUCGUGAUAGGGCCUGAGAUACAAACUGGAUUAGGUCCAUGGGAUAAUGCAUUGAACUAUUACCGAGAUGUCAGUCAUCAUUUGAUAUCAGUCGCCAGCGAAGAAGCGGAUUCUGAGGUCAGAGAAUCUGAAGCUUUCACAGCGAUUCCCAAACUUGUUGAACGCUUGAUGGCGAUCAAUGCUGAAAGAGGACCGAUGGAGAAGCAAUUUGCACUCGCCAAUCGGGAUUUUGGACCCCACAAUUUGUUGGUGGAUGCCGACUUCAAUAUCGUUGGCUUGAUCGACUUCGAUGGUGUACUGGCUGCCCCGCUCCCUGCGGUUGCUCAGUUCCCACAGAUGGCAGGCUUUGACCGCCUGGUCCCUGGAUCUGUUGAAACUGACCCUGUUGUACUUGAGAGCUUAGUUACAUCUGAGUCUUUGAUGAAACAGUACAAAGACUUUGUUAUGUUGGCAGAGACAGAACAUGCUGGUGGUAAAACGGAGCCAAUGAUCGCCGAGAUGUUGCUUUCAGACAUGUCGUUCAUUGUUGAGGGCAUGCAGAGUUUCUCGAUGCACUCAGAAGAAGUCAACGAUGAGUGGAAAGCUGCGUUUGAGACCUUUCUGGAAAAGCACUCGGCGUGA